AUGGAUGAGUUUGACGGCUUAACUCCCAGCGAAACUGUGAAACAAGUGUCUGACUCUCUGGGCUGCAGUCCGACCUCUGCAGAAGUGGCUGCUUACUUCGACAAACAUGACAAACUGCGACAUCUCAGGGAGGAAUUUCUGGUACCGAAAAUUACAGAGCUGCCGCCUUCUGAUCUCUCACUGGUCAAUGGUGCCAAGGAGUGCAUCUACUUUUCGGGCAACUCGUUGGGGCUGCAGCCUAAAAAUGUCAAGAAGUACCUGGAAGAGGAACUGGAGAAGUGGGCCAAGAUUGCUGUCCAUGGACACACAAUGGGUGCGAGACCUUGGGCAUGGGCUGAAAACAACAUUGAGGAACUGAUGGCCAAAGUUGUAGGAGCUAAAACUGAGGAAGUGGCACUGAUGAACGGUCUGACAGUAAAUUUACAUCUUCUGCUGCUUUCCUUCUACAAACCCACUGAAACUCGACAUAAAAUCCUUCUAGAGAACAAGGCCUUUCCAUCUGAUCACUACGCUGUGGAGUCUCAGAUCCGUCUGCGAGGACUCGAUCCUAAGGACAGUAUGCUGCUGCUGUCACCCAAGCCGGGAGAAGACACCCUGAAAACCGAGGACAUCCUAGAGGUGAUCGAGAAGGAGGGCGACUCUAUCGCAGUGGUAAUGUUUAGCGGGGUUCAGUAUUACACCGGCCAGCUGUUCGACAUGGCCCGCAUCACUGAGGCUGGCCAGAGGAAGGGCUGUUACGUCGGCUUUGACUGCGCCCACGCGGCAGGAAACAUCGAGUUGGAACUGCACGACUGGGGUGUCGACUUCGCCUGCUGGUGCUCCUACAAGUAUAUAAACUCAGGUGCUGGUGGUCUCGCUGGGGCGUUUAUCCAUGAGAAACACAAACAUACCAUCAAACCAACGCUGAUGGGAUGGUGGGGACAUGACCUGAAGUCUCGGUUUCAGAUGACUAACGUGAUGGAGCUGCAGCCUGGAGUGAGCGGCUUCAGGCUGUCGAACCAACCAAUCCUGCUGGUCUGCCCACUGCAGGCCAGUCUGGAGGUGUUUAACAUGACCACCAUGCAGGCUCUGCGCAAGAAGUCCCUCCUACUGACCGGCUACCUGGAGUAUCUGAUUAAGCACUACUAUACUAAGGACCCGGCUCAGCCUCACAAACCUCACGUCCACAUCAUCACACCGUCGGACCCUCAGCAGAGAGGCUGCCAGCUUUCGCUCUCCUUCUCUGUUCCCAUCAAAAGAGUCUUCGAGGAGCUGGAGAAGAGGGGUGUCGCUUGUGACAUGAGGGAGCCCAGCGUGCUGCGAGUUGCUCCGGUGCCAAUGUACAACUCCUUCAGUGAUGUCCAUCGCUUCAUCAGAGUGCUGGGAGAGGCUCUGGCUGCCAGCAAGCAAGAUUGGGAGAGGAACUGA